GACGCCGAGGGUAUCCGAAUAUAAAAAAUGGAACUAAAGUUUUGAUUUUCAGAAAAUUGCAUGUUUCUAAAAUAAAACCAAUGUUCUUUCCAUUUUAAAUUUACACAUUAUAAAAAACAGGAUGUCAAUACAUUACUCCUAAAAGAAGGCUAUGCAAUAGACAGAUACCUCAAGCGUCUUUACUUGUGCAUCGCGACUGGUGUGAUGAAAAUGGAGAGUAUAAAGAAGGAUGUGUGUGAGUUUGUGUGGAUAGGUAGAGUGUGUCAGGUUAUAGAUCCACAUUACUUCUGGAUGCAGCUGGGCACCAGGGAAAAUUUACUUCAGUUUGAGCAGCUACAAAAGGACAUGCAAGCAUUUGUAUACCAGGGUUGGUCGUCGGCAACAAGUAUAGAUGAUCUUGAACCUGGCACUGUUGUUUUAGUAAAAUCUGACUCUGAAAAGGGCACAUGCUUGAAAAGAGGACAAGUGGCUCGUGUGAUGCAGGGUGAUUCUGUUGAUGUGUUCUAUGUAGAUUAUGGAAACACAGAACUGAAGGCAAUUGACAAGAUCUGUAUCAAUGUGCCAGCAAAAUUUAAGUUGUGUCCACCGCAGGCUGUUAGAUGUAGUUUAGCUGGAGUAAAACCUCUUGUAAAAAGUUGGACAAGUAGAGGUAUUAAAACAUUUCAACAGUUUACUGGCAACAAGCUGCUGAAUGUUCUGGUGCUAUAUGGAGAGCCAGGCUAUUAUGAAGUAGCCUUGUAUCCAAGUCAUGAAGAUAAUGGUAGGUCAGUGGGACACAGUCUAGUAACAGAGGAAGUAGCCAUG